UGGCGACCAGCUGACUAGUGCUGCUCUUGAAGUGUGGUUCACGCUGUGUUAGAGGGAGUAAAAAGUGCGGCGUUUUCAACCCUUUACCUAGUUUCUUUGUCUGAACCAAAUAUUUGAUACACAUUUAAUAGUAGUUCCUAAGAUGUCUGGAGCAGACUGGAUCUUGAGCGAAAUAAGAGGUGCCGUUGAUUCCUGUCUAAAUUGUACGUUUUAGAAUCCCCCACCCUUUCUCGUUUUGUUGAUAUGGAACCCCCACCUUCUGGCCAGUCAGGUGGUUUACACCCUCAAGAUCGCGCCCCGUGCAGCCUGACCACUGUGUUUGACCUUACAAGGAAAGGUGAAGAAAGUCUGCUGAAAACCAACUCCAUGGACACUAUACAUGUGGUCAAGGGACCCAGCUGGUACAACGUCAAUCCUGUGACUAACAAGGGACCACUGUUUCCAGAAAACGCCUCUGACCAUACGCCUCUGCCAAGUGAGCAGAUCCAGCCAGACGACGCCUUUUCAAACACGACUGUCACUCUGUCUUAUGUGAACAGGUCUCAUGUUUUCUCUUCCCAUGAUUCCCUCUCGCAGCUGCACCCACUUUGUGGUGUUUCGUCCAUCAGUAGAAAACUGUCCCGCCACUCCUCUUCCUUUGAAACAGACACAAUGCUAACCGAAGCUGGUAGAGGGGGUCUUUGCGUGGAGGUUGGCCAAGGCUUCCUGUCACAUGCUGCUAGGCCUGUUGGACUAGCAGCAGAGUCCUCUCUUUUUGAGACUGAAGAGCAGGCUCAGAUUAUUGAGAGUGUAACAGGGCAGCAAGCUAUCGAGGUGAAUGGAAAGCAAGCUGCCAGUACUUGGGGCAUGGACAAUAUUAAGCUUGCUCAUGGUGACAGCCCUGAGAAAUGCUUGUCAUCUCAGGAAAAGGACAAAGGUGGUUGUAUGCAAAAUGGUAUGGGCAGUGGUCCAUGGAAUCUCGAGUCACAUGAGGAAAAAUGCUCAGAGAGCCUGAUAACAGGUACAGAAGGAGCGCAGAAGAAGUGUGACUCUGAAGUGCUUUUGUUGAUUUCUAGAACUGAUGAUCCAAUCUUUUUGCAGGACCACAGAGGUCCUAGAAACUUUUUGUGCAGUUCCUUGAAUGGGGACUAUGUUAGUCCUUUAGAUGAUCCUCUGUCCCCCUCUACUACCUCUGUGGAUGACAUGGAAGAUGUUUUCAUUUUGCCUCAGACACUAAAUUCUCCCAGUGGAGAGAAUUCCUUCACAGAUGAAGCAGCGAACAUCACUGAGGAGAAUCUAGUGGAGGGGGAACCUUGUUCUGAUCUUUCUGUAACACCGUCUACUCUUACAGCUGUAGUAGGGGCAAGUUCCCUGCAAAGCACCUGCAGUCAUGAGGAUGUCAUAGAAAUGUCCAUCAGUAGAAAUGGAAUACAUGCAGUGCUGUCAGCUGUGCCAGAACCAUAUGUUGAGUCACCUGAGAUGGGCGAUAGUGUGCCCAAUGGAAAAGAAAGGAUUCCAGUCCAGAAAAAGUUGAGGACACCUGAUCUUUUAAAUGGGAAUGCACAGGAGGAUGGCAGGAGGUUUGAAAGGAAAAAACUUCCACCUCGCUCCAGGCGGGGGAUGAGGUUAGAGGCUAUUGUUCAGAACAUCACCCCUUCCAGGCAUAAAGUGACCAGCAGUGCCCAUUCCACAAAAAAACACUGCAGUCCUAAAACUCAGACCAAUGAAAUGCAUUCGGCAAGUAUUGGCCAAGGCAUUUUUAAUUCUGCAGGCAGCCACAACUAUAAAGAAAAAGAAGACUGUCCAGAGGAGCAGCCCACUGUAAAGUCAGCAUCCUUGCAAGAGGAUACAGGUAACAUUUACCUAGACCAUUCCAACAGCAAGAAGUCUACCUCAGGUUCUGAACAUGCAAGCAUUUCCAAACCUCAACACUGCAGCACAUCUCCGAAGCCAUGUAAACCACCUUACUCUGAUGUGAGGGAAACGGAAAAUGGGCAAUCCUGCGCUUCACCAGCUAAGUGCUCUCCAAGGCAGGCUCGAUCAAGAGCACUGCCUGUGCCAAAAGUGUGUCAGAAAAGCCCCACCAAGCAGCUCAGUGCUUCAACAAGCAGCAAAGCCACACAUAGUACCAAGAAAACCCAUAAAGCAAAAAGGAAGCGAAAGAAAUGCAAAGCCGGGCAGUCUUCUAUGUUUUCCCCAAAAGAGCCGGAAAUCAAGCUGAAGUAUGUGAACUACAAGGAGGAGAAAAGGGAUAAGUUGGAAGCGUUCUCUCCGUUCGUCCACAUGGAGGUCAAGGAGUACUCCACCUGCACGGUCAUCAACUAUCCUGAGGAGGAAAGUGCACGGCUGAAGAAAGGACAGCAGCAGGUGUGCAGCAGCUUCAUUUCUGGUGCAGUUCCCUCCACCUCUUGUUUACAGCUGGGCCGGCUCAGCACCGAGAGCAAGCGGCAGAGCUCUCUGGUCUGCAGCCUGUGUGGCAAGUCGGCUAAUUCCUUGGACUUGGGGGAUCUGCAUGGACCUUACUAUCCCGAAAACUUCAAACCUGCCCUGAAGGCCCACCUCGGCCUGCAGGGCCUGAAGGGCGAGGAGGACGACAGCGACUCGGACUCGUCAUGCAGCGCGGCGGGCAGUAAGCGUUCUCGCGCCGCAGGCUCCUGGCCCCAAAGGCCGUGCCACAGGCUGAAGCAGGAGGCAGUUCUGGGAGCUUGCAGCAAAUGGGACAGUGACAGUGACGCCUCACAGAGCCCCUUAGCCAAGAAGCCCCGGACAGAAUCUGCUGCAGGGGACUGGUACAGCCCCCCUGUGGUGCCCCUAGACACCAGCGAAUACUGGGUUCACGAGGACUGUGGCAUAUGGUCGGCAGGUGUCUUUCUGGUGAAAGGAAAGCUCUAUGGGCUGGAAGAAGCUGUUCGGCUGGCAAAACAGACCGUUUGUUCCACGUGCCAUGAAAUGGGUGCAACGCUGGGGUGCUUUUUCAAAGGGUGCCCAAAUAAAUAUCACUACGCCUGUGCAGUGCAGUCAGACUGUGUUCUCAAUGAAGACAAUUUCUCCAUGAAAUGUACAAAGCACAAGAAUAAGUCGGUCAGAGCUUCUUCAGUCAAUAGACUGGAUAACAGGUGACAGGAGAGGUGGAGGUGCUCUGGAAGAUGAACUCCAUCUCUGGCAGUCUGCAAACAGACUCCUCAAGUGAGUCCGUCAACCUUGAUGAUACUGGAAGAAUGUCGUUUGGUUUGGCAACAAGGCUCAGCUGAAUGCAAACACCCACAAACCUUAAUUCAAAUGUUCUUGUUUUCUUCUCUUAUUUUUAAAUCUACUAUUUAUGUACAUAACUGGCUGCUUCAGUAGAGCAGGACAUGGCUUUCCACAACUCUUUACUGCUCAGUGAAAUGUCUACCCACUUUGAUGUCCAGCUUCUUGGAUGGUACCACUGCUGCAUGUAGCUGGAGGAAACGUUAAAAUGAAUAAAGACAGGAUCCUGGUCCAGCCACCCCAGAAUGGCAAAUAUAGAUUGUGUCCUUGGCCCUAAUUAAUGUAGGUGAUCAAGUAACAAAACUAAAGCAAAUGCCAUGUUAACAGUAAUGCCACACUCAGUCUGUGUUGGUAUUUCAAUAGAAAGGGCUUGGGGGGAGGGGGCAGACGUUAAAUUUCGACGUUUGUAUCUCAAUUGGACAAAUUCUAUUUUCCUAGUUUUGAAAGUUUUUGAUGAACUGCCAACUAUUUAUAUUUUAUUUUCAAUAUAAUUAUUUGCAGAUUGACAAAUUGAGGUGUAUAUAAGUAUUGUAUGUGUCUGUUUAUUAAAAAAAAAAAAAAAACAUGAAGGUGAUAAUGAUGCAAUGUUUAAAAGGAAGAUAAUUGGGCUGUCUCCAUUGAUGUGUUUAUAUAUUCACCUCAUGAAUGUACUUGUAAUCCUUAGGAAAAAAUAUUUAGGCUAUUUGGUGGAGGGGUAGCUGAAAGCACUUUGCAGAGGCACUUAAAACCUUAAGUUAUUUAAUUCCCUGGACAGGCGGAAACCAAGUCCCACAUCCAAUUAUUCCGUUGCCAAUGGUAUUCAGACUGAAUUGCAUUAGCAGAAUAAACUGCUUCUGGCCUUAUUUUCCUCUGAUGCCGGCACUAUUACCUCUUACAGGGAAUGGAGAUAUGUGGCAUAACAUUGUUGGAUAGACCCCAGCCCCAGUUUACUAUAAGAUGCUGUUGAAUUUACAUGGGCAUACUAACUGUAGUACACUUUCAUCUGUCACCAAGAACAACUUGAGUAUGUGCCAUUUCUCUGUAUGUGUUUUGGGGCAUAUUGAGUAAUUUGGUCAUGAGAUACUAACCUAGGAGUCAUUGUUUCCGGUUUCAUGCCUAGUGUUUGGGAAUGCAAUUGUGCAGAACUGAUAUUACAGCUUUGUCCCAACAGUAAUGGUUGCCCAAAGCACAUUUGUCAGAAAAGGCCUUUGUUUACCACACAUUAAAUUGCGCUCGUUUAAUUUGGUCAUAUCAGUGGUCCCUCUAGUUAGCACUUCGUUGUUUUGAAAAUGAAGGCACCUGUUGCCAACUGGACAACGAGACAAUAUUUAAAGUCAUUUCAAAUUCUGUGGCUCGCUGUUUUCCUCAGCAAUGGAUACAUUUCAAGAGAGACUAGCUUGAAUAAUUAGUAAAUGUGUGUGCUGUUGGUCAGUUGUAUCAUUUUAAGUGAUGGUGGAUUGCUUUGCUGUAGCCAAUGUCUCAUUUUGAUUCAGUAAAUGCAUUGUGGUGAUGGCAUUAAUGGGCUGUAGUAGUGACCUUAGCUGUUUUUGUUGGAGAAUAGUUUUGUGGGCUACUGAUAGCUCAUGUUAAUCGUCAAUUAAAUGCUUCUAGACUGUCUCCUUGUCUGAGACCCUCAGCCAAUUACCCAGUUCACUAAUGAUACAAAUAUUCACUCAUUUGAUGUUUGUAACCACCCAUCUCUUGGAAGGAAAUGUUGUUCCGUGUUCUCAAUGUUUAUGGGAAAGACUGCACUUUUUAAAAUGUGUAUGGGUUUUAUUUUUCUUUGAUCAUUUGCAUGUUUUUUUCCCAUAGCUGUUUGCCCUUACCCACAUUUUUACACACUGCAGAGAACUUCCCUACAUUUUCUUAGAAUGUCUAACCAUCACUUGAGUGUCCAGAACGGUAACUAGGGUUAAUAGUUUGUCCCAACAUGUAAAAAGGUACUACACAGUCAAUGAGAUCCAUGCAAAAGAAGUGCCAUGGAAAAAGCUAGUGCAAUAAGUUUAAGCUAAAUAGGUUUCUUAUGUAUUUAAUGACAAGUUGCACUGCUGUCCCAGCAACCCAAAUCAACAUUUAUUUUUUUGAUUAGGUAUAUUGUGACUUCAAAAUUAUGAUAUAAAUUUAUAUUGCAUGUUUAAUUUGUUUUUAAAUGCCCCCCUCCCCCCCAGUGCAGUUCUUACUCCUGUUGGAAUACUAUAGGACAAUGUGUAAAAGAUCCUCCAUGGUAACACAUUGUUGCCUGUGCUGCAAGGCGUAUUCAUACUAAUGCAUAAUGUGUAUGUAUGUAUAUUUAUGACUGUCUACUGUGUUUGGGAGAUAAAGAAGGGAAGCCCCUUUGUGUCUAGUGAUAUAAAAGCUGUUUAAGGUUAAAUGUCAAUUGUUAAGUGUUCGACAAGAGAAUGAAAUAGCGUUUUUCAAGGCGGUGGUGGCUGGACUGGCUUGGUUGGAUCAAAGGCCUCAUGUUACUUUUCUAUGUAUAUCUGUGUGGCUGUAUAUAGUCCUGUAAAGGGAUAAAACGCAGCACACCCACCCUUGACUGUCAUAAUAAAUACUCAUAUUCUUACAGUACUUUCAUCUGUCCUAUUGGUUAUGCAUGGUAGCUGCUCUGUGGAAUUAAGUGUCUUUGUAUUAGGCUCAUACUAGACGUGUUUUCUUAAUUCCAAUUCCACCCUCCCCCCGCGCGCACACACGCACAUGCACACAACCUUUGGUCUCUGGGAACAGCCUUUGUGAUAGUCAUCUGCACCUCCAUUCUGAUCUGCACAAUAAAUUAUUCAGGUCCUUAAUUGCUCAUUUCUGCAUUUAUUUUUUCCCCAUUCUGAUGUUACACAAUGAAAGAUGUAAUUGAUAUAAAACACAUACCAUAUCAGUAUCAAGCAGGAGAUGUAUUAUGUUUGAACUCUUGGCAUAGAAGAGGGAGAAAUGGGCUGAAAUGUGCUGUUGACCACUUACUGUCCUUCACCUUCAUGUUAGACAAUCCAGUCAUGCCAUCUGGUUUCGGUCCUCAAAGGAUGUGUAGACUUUCAGUCAGCCAGUAUUCCUUGGCCUGCUGGUGUGUAAGCACCCCAUAGUUACACACCAGGUGCCUAAAUCCUACCAGGUAUCAGCUAGAGAGUAGUCAGUCCUUUGCAGAUACUUUCUUGUGUAAUAGUUUGUGGGAAAUAGUCACUGGCUUGCGGGUGAGUGUAUCUAGGAGUCCAGUAGCUCAGCUGUAGCGCUUUCUGGGCUGGUGUAGGUAGAAUACAUUUUAUGAGCCCCAUAUGGGAGAAAAUACAGCAGGAAAUCCUUUCAAACAUGAUAUAAACCUGACUGGAGCCAAGUCAGAAGGCAUGCAUGUCUUCAUGAGAAUUCAGUGUUUGCCACAUUGCUUAAAUUUAUUUUUUCAUUUUAAAUGUGCUGCAAAUAAAAUGCUGAAACUGUGAGACUACGAAGAGAGUCUUGGGCGUUGUCACAGUUGCUCAUAUAUGUUAUCUUGUAUUUUGCAUUGCAGUGUGAAGUCUUCUAUUUUGGAGGUCUGUGAGUUUCAGUAGGUGUUGAUCACUUUCUAUGGCAUGGUGAUGUAACCUGCUCAGAGUGGACAUUUGACUGUAGCCCUGUGUUAUACCUUAUGUGUUACUGUCUGCAAGUGCCCCAGAAUCACACACCGCCCAAGAACACGUGUUCACAUUUGACAUGCUUUGUUCCAUCUGUCUCAUUUCAAGUGUUGCAAUGGAAUUGAUUUAGUCUUAUAGCUGCACAGGGAAAGCAAUCGAAAUGCUUCCCCUGUGCGACAUUUAGUCUAAUAGAACACAGGAAUGCAUCCUUUUUUAACCUGCUUGCUGAAAUUGAGGGGUUUUCUUUUUCGUUUUGUUUAAAUGGACAGAUUUUCUGUAUGUAUGAAAUUGAUCUAAAUCUCAGGGUUGAGUCUCAGUAAUUCUAAUUGUUGUUCUGACUGAUGAGUCUUCAAUUCCUCCUGCAUGUUUUCGCUCAGUCUUCUGCUCCUUUUCUCAUUAAUUACAACCUGAAUGGAUGCUAUGACAACAGUCAUUGUUAUGGCUGUUUGUUCACAUUCCUCUACACCAGUUUUUCCUGGAUGUGUGCAUUUUUAUAUUUGGAUAAACAGCUGUCAAUGUAAACUUUUGCUUUUUUUUUUUUUUAAAGCCAUUUGUACAGGUUUAUGAUUUGUAAUUAAAUUAUGCCAAGCAUCGUGUACUAUGUGCAAAGGUAAGUGUUAAAGAUGUGUUGCACUUAUGAAAUGAGUAUACAUUUGUCCUAAAUCAUCUUUGUGCAUCAAGUGCUUUCAUUUUGAAGCUUGUUACUGAAGGCAGUUCUUAUAACUCAGCAACAACUGGCCUGUGGCGUGUCUUUUUUUUAUUUUAUUUUGAGUCAUUUGUCUAAUUUGUACAAAAUAAAGUGUGUCCUCCAACAUGAAAA